AUGACCCGCAUCACCCUGGAACUCCUCCGCAAGCGCUCCGAGCACAAUGACAAGGUCCUCUCCACACUCAAGGAGAUCACCCUCCAUCAGUUUGAGAUCAAGAAGAUCGAGCUCAUCGACAACGUUUGUCGCGAGCUAGAGAUCUUGUACUUGCAGAACAAUGUGAUCCGGAAGAUUGAGAACCUUAGCAGGCUGCGCGCACUGCGGUAUUUGCAGCUCUCGCUCAACAACGUUUCGGUCAUCGAGAACCUUGAGGGCUGCGAGUCACUGUACAAGCUCGAUCUGACGUGUAACUUUGUGGAAGACCCGACGUGCAUUGCUGUCCUCACCGCUAACGAGCAGCUGCGCCAUCUGUUCCUCGUCGGCAACCCGGUGGCAAAGUACCCCAUGUACCGCGAGUACGUCCUCUCCGUCCUGCCUCGCCUCGAGAGCCUCGACGGUACCGAUGUCUCACGCGAAGAGGUCAUUCUCGCCGCACAGCAGGCCGACGAGGCGGCCGCCGCCGUGGCGCAGGCCUAUGCCGAGAGGCUCGCCGCCCGCGCUGCGGGCGAGCUCAAGGAGCUCACCCCCGACGAGCGCGAGGAGAUCUACGCAGAGGUCGAGGCCGAGAAGGCCGAGAAGGAGGCGGCGCGCAAUCCGUUCCCCAUCGAGAAGAAGCCCGACCGCGUGGUGCCCAUCUACAAGGACGACGGCCGCGUGUACCAAUGCAACUGGGGAAAGUAUGCAUUCAAGCUCGUCGACGACGACGAGGCCCUCGCCUCAGUCCUCGAAGUCCGCAUCUCCAAGUUCCUCGACACCUCGCUCAUCGACGUCGACGUCCAGCCCGACUACAUCCGAGUCACCAUCAAGGGCAAGGUCCUCCAGCUCGCGCUUGAUGUAGAGGUUCAGUCUGACAAAGUUGUCGCGCAGCGGUCACAGGCGACCGGAAACCUCGUCGUCACCAUGCCGUGGGCCCCCAAGGUGCUCGCCGCCACCGCGCCUGGCGCGGCCUCGUCGGCCGCCAUCGAUGCCAGGCUCGCCCGCAUCUCACUCUCGCGCCUCUCACACGGCGACCACGACGCCGCAGGCCGCACUGCGGCCAUUAUCCCCAUGCACCACGCCAAAUCGCGCGUCUCGGCCCGCGCAGCAGCCAAGCGCCGCGCAGCACGCGCCGCCCGCAUCGCCGCAGGCACCGCCACCGACCUCGACCUCUACGAGGACGAGCACUCGGACGGCUCCGACGGCGCAACAGACUCGAUCGACACUGUCCUCGCAGGUACAGGCCUCGCCGGCCCAGUCUCGCUCCAUGUCACCGACCACGCCGCCGCCGACAUUGCCGAGCAUGGCGCCUCGUCGUCAGCCGCAGCCGCGGGCUCCUCCGCCGGCCGCCGCCGCAAGGGCCCCAAGCCGGUCUCGGCGGACUUUGUCGACAACCCCGAUGUGCCGCCACUCGAAUGA